AUGUUGAAGUCACUGGUGAUGAUAAUCCUACACCAAGCGAUCAUUCCCCCUACGGCCGAUGGUGUUGUGUUAAACUUGGCUCGGAGAAAACUAACCAAUGUAACAGCACACAUGUUCAACCCCAGCAUAACCAAUUUAUCGCUCCAUAUGAAUAACAUAUUAGAGAUAGAGCCUGGGACGUUUUCUGGUUUGCAAUCUUUGGAAGAGUUACAGUUGUCUAGAAAUAAACUGGCAAUAUUGACAGCUGGUAUGUUUGGUAUUCUUAAAUCACUAACAUUUCUGUUUCUAUCUGAUAAUGAUAUAUCUCAAAUAGAAACAGAUACAUUUUCUGGUUUGCAAUCAUUGGAACAAUUGGACUUAUCUGGCAAUAAACUCACAAUAUUGACACCUGGUAUGUUUGGUAAUCUUACAUUACUAACACAGCUGAUUCUAUCUAAAAAUGAUGUAUCUAAAAUAGAAAAAAAAACAUUUUCUGGUUUGCAAUCUUUGGAACUAUUGAACUUGUCUUACAAUAAACUCACAAUAUUGACAUCUGGUAUGUUUGGUAAUCUUACAUUACUAACAAGGCUGGAUCUAUCUCGUAAUGAUAUAUCUCAAAUAGAAACAGAAACGUUUUCUGGUUUGCAAUCAUUGGAACAAUUAGAUUUGGGUUUCAAUGAACUCACAAUAUUGACACCUGGUAUGUUUGGUAAUCUUACAUUAUUAACACAGCUGAUUCUAAUUUUUAAUAAAGUAUCUAAAAUAGAAACAAAAACAUUUUCUGGUUUGCAAUCUUUGGAACUAUUGAACUUGUAUUACAAUAAACUCACAAUAGUGACACCUGGUAUGUUUGGUAAUCUUACAUCACUAAGAAGGCUGGAUCUAUCUGUUAAUGAUAUGUCUCAAAUUGAAACAGAAACGUUUUCUGGUUUACAAUCAUUGGAAGAAUUAGAUUUGUCUUCCAAUGAUUUCACAAGAUUGACACCUGGUAUGUUUGGUAAUCUUACAUUACUAACAAGGCUGGAUCUAUCUAGUAAUGAUAUAUCUCAUAUAGAAACAGAAACGUUUUCUGGUUUACAAUCAUUGGAACAAUUAGAUUUGUCUUACAAUGAAUUCACAAGAUUGACACCUGGUAUGUUUGGUAAUCUUACAUUACUAACAAGGCUGGAUCUAUUUAGUAAUGAUAUAUCUCAUAUAGAAACAGAAACGUUUUCUGGUUUGCAAUCAUUGGAACAAUUAGAUUUGGGUGGCAAUCCUCUAGGAAUAUUGACUUCUGAUAUGUUUGGAAAUAUUACAUCACUAACAAAGCUGUUGCUAGCUAAGAGUUAUAUAUCUCAAAUUGAAACAGAUACAUUUUCUGGUUUGCAAUCAUUGGAAGAAUUAGACAUGAAUCACACUAAGAUCACAAUAUUGACUUCUGAUAUGUUUGGUAAUCUUGCAUCACUAACAAUGCUGUUUCUAUAUGGUAAUGAAAUAUCUCAAAUAGAAACAGAUACCUUUUCUGGUUUACAAUCAUUGGAACAAUUAGACUUGCGUUACAAUAGACUAACAAUAUUGACUCCUGAUAUGUUUGGUAAUCUUACAUCACUAACAAUGCUGUUUCUAAAAGGUAAUGAUAUAUCUCAGCUAGAAACAAAUACCUUUUCUGGUAUGCAAUCAUUGGAACAAUUAGAUUUGUCUUACAAUGAACUCACAAUAUUGACACCUGGUAUGUUUGGUAAUCUUACAUCACUAACAAGGCUGUCUCUAAGAGGUAAUGAUAUAUCACAGUUAGAAACAGAUACCUUUUCUGGCUUGCAAUCAUUGGAAGAAUUAAAUUUGGGUUACAAUAGUCUCACAAUAUUGACUCCUGAUAUGUUUGGUAAUCUUACAUCACUAACAAGGCUGUUUCUAUAUGGUAAUGAUAUAUCUCAGUUAGAAACAAAUACCUUUUCUGGUUUGCAAUCAUUGGAACAAUUAGAUUUGUCUAACAAUAAACUCACAAUAUUGACUUCUGAUAUGUUUGGUAAUCUUGCAUCACUAACAAUGCUGUUGCUAUCUCGUAAUCCUAUAUCUCAAAAUGAAACAGAUCUGUUUUCUGGUUUACAAUCAUUGGAAGAAUUAUAUUUGUCUUUCAUUGGACUCACAAGAUUGACACCUGGUAUGUUUGGUAAUCUUACAUCACUAACAAGGCUGUUUCUAAAAGGUAAUGAUAUAUCUCAUAUAGAAAAAGAUACCUUUUCUGGUUUGCAAUCAUUGGAACAAUUAGAUUUGUCUUACAAUGAACUCACAAUAUUGACACCUGGCAUGUUGGGUAAUCUUACAUCACUAACAAGGCUGGAUCUUAAAGGUAAUGAAAUAUCUCAAAUAAAAACAGAUACAUUUUCUGGUUUGCAAUUAUUGGAAUACUUAGACUUGGGUUACAAUAAUCUUAAACAUAUUCCGGCCGAUAUUUGCCAAGUUACUUUAAUAAGGGACAAUGACCUGUGCUUCUACCCUCAAACAGAUGAAGUAUCCAUUCAAUCAACAAUAGCAACCAUUCAACCAACACAGACAUCCAAUCAAACAACACAGACAUCCAUUCAACCAACACAGGCAUCUGCUCAACCAACACGGACAUCCAAUCGACCAACACAGGUAUCUUCUCAACCAACACAGGCAUCCAUUCAACCAACACAGACAUCCAAUCGAUCAACACAGGCAUCUGCUCAACCAACACAGACAUCCAUUCAACCAACACAGACAUCCAAUCGACCAACACAGGCAUCUGAUCAAUUAACACAAUCAUCCAUUCAACCAACACAGGCAUCUUCUCAACCAACACAGGCAUCCAUUCAACCAACACAGACAUCCAUUCAACCAACACAGGCAUCUUUUCAACCAACACAGGCAUCCAUUCAACCAAAACAGACAUCCAUUCAACCAACACAGGCAUCUUUUCAACCAACACAGGCAUCCAAUCAACCAACACAGCCAUCCAUUCAACCAACACAGACAUCCAAUCGACCAACACAGGCAUCUGAUCAAUUAACACAAUCAUCCAUUCAACCAACACAGACAUCUUCUCAACCAACACAGGCAUCCAUUCAACCAACACAGACAUCCAUUCAACCAACACAGGCAUCUUUUCAACCAACACAGGCAUCCAUUCAACCAAAACAGACAUCCAUUCAACCAACACAGGCAUCUUUUCAACCAACACAGGCAUCCAUUCAACCAAAACAGACAUCCAUUCAACCAACACAGGCAUCUUUUCAACCAACACAGGCAUCCAAUCAACCAACACAGCCAUCCAAUCAACCAAUACAGGCAUCCAUUCAACCAACGCAGACAUCUGCUCAACCAACACAACCAUCCACUCAACCAACACAGACGUCUAAUAAACCAACACAUGCAUCCAAUCAACCAACAAAACCAUCCAUUCAACCAACACAGGCAUCCGCUCAACCGACACAGGGAUCCACUCAACCAACACAUGCAUCCGAUCAACCAACACAGCCAUCCACUCAACCAACACAGCCAUCCUCUGAGACAACAGGGUCAUAUUUUGGAUCUUCCCUAUCACAUGAUAAUCCCAUAAUCAUUGGCUUAGCAUGUGGGAUUUCAGCGUUAUGUGUAAGUAUCAUUAUUCUUUUAAGUAUCGUACUCUACCUUCUGAAAACAAGACAGUCAACUACGUCUGGUCGACCAAGUGAAAGUACCGGAGAUAAUAUGUAUGCGAAAUCAGAUGAAGAAUUGAAACAUGAGUAUCUGUUUAUGUAA